CUUGGUACUUAUUAUUGAAAGCUAGCUUUUCACAGUUGGGGACUUGAACUGAACUUCUCCCCGCCCACCUUUCUUCAACCAGUCCAAAAACAAAAACCCCCGGCGCGCGCUUCUGAUCAUGCCCUUCCAUAAGCCUUUCCGGUGAUAGUUUCCUUCCAACACAGUGUGUGAGACAUUUCGGACAAGAUCUCGCCCUCACCUUUUCCCCGCCGCGCCCACCACCGCGAACUACAACCCUCUCCCACUCCCCAACACUCCCGAAAUCGGAUUGAACCGUCGCAAACAAUGGCCUCCUCAGCUGGCUCUUCAGUGAGCGAGCUUUGCGCCCGACUCUACGAUGCCUGCUUGAGAAACUUCCCGUCCGACCAUCUCUUCUACCAGCAAGAUCUCCUCGGACUGGGGAUCGUCCCCAAGAAUGACCUCGCCCUCCUCCUGCAAUGCACUCAAUCGCUCGUCGACCAGAAACUGCUCCGCCUGCUCCAGGGGAAGAAUGAUCGAUUGGCGUGGAAGAUUAUCUCCCGGGAGGAUGCAGAGAAACUGCAGAAUCUCAGCCCCGACGAGAGUUUAGUCUACAAUGUCAUCCACUCGACCGGGCGGUCCGGCAUCUGGGUACGCGCGAUCGGCACGCGCACGAACCUGCACAAGUCGAUCCUGGACCGGUGCCUGAAGUCGCUCGAAGGGAAGAACUACAUCAAGAGCGUGCACAAUGUCAAGUUCCCCAGCCGGAAGAUGUACAUGCUGGCGGGCUUGGCCCCCAGCGAGGACGUGACGGGCGGGGCCUGGUUCACGGACGGCGUGCUGGACGAGAACUUCAUCAACAGCGUCGCCGGGUUCAUCGAGUGGAAGGUCAGCCAGAAGAGCUGGUACGAGGUGCCCGCCGUCCACCAUCGCAACAACAAGCGCCUCAAGACCGCAGACGGGAAUGGGAUCAUCAGUCACAACCCGCACGACACCGACGCCCAACCGCAGAAGGAAUACAUCCCCUUCCCCGCCGGGUAUCAGGGCUACCCGACCAUCCCCGAGCUGACGGCCGCCGUCAACGCCAGCGGCAUCACCCCCGUCCGACUGGGCGAGGAGAGCAUCACCCAGCUCCUGGAGAUGCUCUGCUACGACAACAAGCUGGUCGCCCUCAACAACGGCGAGGUCUACCGCUCCGUCAAGACCCCCGCACAGGUCAAGUCGCAGCAGGCGCGCAAGCCCCCCGGCGAGGACUCUGGCAUCGACGACCGUCUCGUCCGCAACGGCAUGACCGAAGCCCCGUGCGGUCAUUGUCCGGUCUUCAAGCUCUGCGCGCCCGGUGGAGCCGUCAGCCCGGAAAGUUGCGAAUACUUCGAUCCCUGGUUAGAAAAAGCCCUGGGAUUUUGAGAGAAGAGAGAGUGUGAAAAUAAAGCAGUGAUCGGUUACUCUUCCAUCUCUCCCGUGUGCAUGGCUUAACUUCGAUCUAUACCUCUUACCUCUUUUUCCUUCACCUCCCAUUUUUUCUUCUUUUUUUUUUCCAUUUCUGUUCUUGGAUUAUUCCCCCACCAACACAUCAUUUAUCAAACCACUUUUCAUCAUACCUCACCCGACUUACUGUAUACCAGUCUUUUUGCGCAUCCAUAAAGAAAGGGGACACCUAGCUCUUACGCUGAGGCUGGGCGAUGAUCUUGUUUUGCUUUUGCUUUUGCAUAGCGAUGGCGUCUUUUGUGUUAAUUAUUACUUUUCUGCUUGUGUCUCCACACUCCAGUGUCUGAUAGUGGGUGUGGGACGAGGGGGCCAGAGUCAGAUGUCGAUGCAUGGUCUGUCUUUUUGUCUUUUGUUCAUCAACAAGAGGUCCUAUACUCCGAAUAUAAAUUCGAGGCAAAAGAAGUCGAG